GUGCUUGGAUGAAUGACAGCGAGACAACUAAAUGGUCAGAAGGACUAAGGUACAUACAGUUUAUGAAAAAUCGGGCAUUUCAUUCUAGAAUUAAACAAUCGCCUUAUAAGGCCAUGUUUGGUGCGGAACCCAAGGUUGGCCUCUCUACUAGUUCAUUACCUUCGGAACUGCUAAAGGACAUUGAAGACGAAGACGAUCUUCAAAAACUGAUUGAUGGGAAAAACAUAGAUGGACAUGAAAAUGAAGGCAGUUAUGGAUACGAAGAUACGGAUGGAGACGAAGAUAAGAAUGGAGACGAAGAUAAGAAUGGAGACGAAGAUGGAUGAAACCUCACAAAAUAUUUUAGAAGCACGAUCAAAGGCUGCUCAGAGCCUUGAAAAACAAGCCAAAAAGAUGAAAGCAACCUCUCACAAGGUGCAUCCACCAGCGAAAGUUGGAGAUAACAUCAUCAUACCUACUCCUGAUGUAGACAGGGCUAAAGGAGAUCUUCGUCACGUUAUUGGAGUUGUGCUUGAAGCAUCUGAUGACGGAUUUUAUAAGAUUGGGACCAAGCAUGGUAAUUAUAUUGCAGAUAAUUAUUCAUUUUGCUACGGUUUUUAUUUGGUUUAAAUUGAAUAUUUUCAUUUCAGAAAUGAAUUUGAUAUCUGCACACAAAAGUUUUUAUUGGAAGAAGAAGUAAACAAGAACAAUGAAAUUUCGUUAAGAACCGCACCGAUAAUACAUUCAGUUGGAACAGGCCAAGGUUUCUUUAA